UACUCCGUUCCUCCGGAUUUCGAUCCCCCUUUUUCUAUCUGUCAAUCAGCGCCGCCUUUGAACUGAAAAGCUCUCAGUCUAACUUCAACUCACUCAAAUCCGAGCGGCACGAGCUCCUCCUGUAUCUUCGGCUUCCCCCCCCUUUGCUCUUUAUAUCUGACUUCUUGUUGUUGUUGGUGUUUUUUUUUUACCCCCCUUUUUUUUUAUUUAUUAUUUUUUUGCACAUUGAUCGGAUCCUUGGGAACGAGAGAAAAAAAAGAAACCUAAACUCACGCGUGCAGAAGAUCUCCCCCCCUUCCCCUCCCCUCCUCCCUCUUUCCCCUCCCCAGGAGAAAAAGACCCCAAAGCAGAGAGAAAAAAAAAAAGUUCACCUUGGACUCGUCUUUUUCUUGCAAAAUCUUUUUUUUUUUCGGGGGGGGGGAAACUUUUUUGGGGGAUUAUUUUUUUUUUUUUGGCUUUUCUUCCUCCUUCAUUUUUCUUCCAAAAUUGCUGCUGGUGGGUGAAAAAAAAAAUGCCGCAGCUGAACGGCGGUGGAGGAGAUGACCUAGGCGCCAACGACGAACUGAUUUCCUUCAAAGACGAGGGCGAGCAGGAGGAGAAGAGCUCCGAAAACUCCUCGGCGGAGAGGGAUUUAGCCGAUGUCAAAUCGUCUCUCGUCAAUGAAUCAGAAACGAAUCAAAACAGCUCCUCCGAUUCCGAGGCGGAAAGACGGCCUCCGCCUCGCUCCGAAAGUUUCCGAGACAAAUCCCGGGAAAGUUUGGAAGAAGCGGCCAAGAGGCAAGAUGGAGGGCUCUUUAAGGGGCCACCGUAUCCCGGCUACCCCUUCAUCAUGAUCCCCGACCUGACGAGCCCCUACCUCCCCAACGGAUCGCUCUCGCCCACCGCCCGGACCCUCCAUUUUCAGUCCGGGAGCACGCAUUUGUCUGUGUACAAACCGAUUGAACACCAGUUUGCUGUUCAGUAUCUCCAGAUGAAAUGGCCACUGCUUGAUGUCCAGGCGGGGACCCUCCAGAGCAGACAAGCCCUCAAGGACGCCCGUUCACCAUCACCGGCGCACAUCGUUCAGUGCCCCUUCCCUUGCUGCACUCAGGGACAUGACUGUCAGCACUUCUGCCCCCCCUCAGACUUCACUCUCAGCACCGCAGUCUUCAGGGACAUGAAAAGGAGCCACUCCUUACAAAAAGUUGGGGAGCCCUGGUGUCUGGAGUCGAACAAAGUGCCGGUCGUGCAGCACCCCCACCAUGUCCACCCUCUCACGCCUCUCAUCACCUACAGCAAUGAGCACUUCACCCCAGGAAACCCACCGCCACACUUACCUGCAGACGUCGACCCCAAAACAGGAAUUCCACGGCCUCCACACCCGCCAGAUAUAUCUCCAUAUUACCCGCUUUCUCCCGGCACCGUAGGACAAAUCCCCCAUCCGCUAGGAUGGUUAGUACCACAGCAAGGUCAGCCCGUGUACCCCAUCACCACAGGAGGAUUCCGUCACCCUUACCCCACCGCCCUGACAGUCAACGCUUCUAUGUCCAGCUUUCUGUCUUCUAGGUUUCCCCCCCAUAUGGUCCCACCACACCACACUCUCCACACGACCGGCAUUCCCCACCCGGCCAUAGUCACGCCGACCGUCAAACAGGAAUCCUCCCAGAGCGACGUGGGCUCGCUCCACAGCUCAAAGCAUCAGGACUCCAAAAAGGAAGAAGAGAAGAAGAAGCCUCACAUAAAGAAACCUCUUAACGCGUUCAUGUUGUAUAUGAAGGAAAUGCGAGCGAAGGUCGUAGCUGAGUGCACGUUGAAAGAAAGUGCCGCUAUCAACCAGAUCCUUGGGCGAAGGUGGCACGCGCUGUCUAGAGAAGAGCAAGCAAAAUACUACGAGCUGGCCCGGAAGGAGCGACAGCUUCACAUGCAGCUGUACCCUGGCUGGUCCGCACGGGAUAACUACGGGAAGAAGAAGAAGAGGAAAAGGGACAAGCAGCCGGGAGAGACCAACGAACACAGCGAAUGUUUCCUAAAUCCUUGCCUUUCACUUCCUCCGAUUACAGACCUGAGCGCUCCUAAGAAAUGCCGAGCGCGCUUUGGCCUUGAUCAACAGAAUAACUGGUGCGGCCCUUGCAGGAGAAAAAAAAAGUGCGUUCGCUACAUACAAGGUGAAGGCAGCUGCCUCAGUCCACCCUCUUCAGAUGGAAGCUUACUAGACUCGCCUCCUCCCUCCCCCAACCUGCUAGGCUCCCCUCCCCACGACGCCAAGUCACAGACUGAGCAGACCCAGCCGCUCUCGCUCUCCCUGAAGCCCGACCCCCUGGCCCACCUCUCCAUGCUGCCUCCGCCGCCCGCCCUCCUGCUGGCCGAGGCCCACGGCAAGGCCCCCGCCCUCUGUCCCAACGGGGCCCUGGACCUGCCUCCUGCCGGCCUGCCGCCGCCCAGCCUCCCCUCCUCAGCCCUGGCCCAGCCGUCGACUUCUUCCUUACAUUCCCACAGCGCUUUGGCCGGGCCCCAGCCCCAGCCUCUCUCCCUCGUCACCAAGUCUCUAGAGUAGCUCUCGGCCCGGUUUGCUCUGUGUCGUGUUUCCUUUGGGUUCAGCUUCUCUUGGUUUCCGCCCGCCCUUGGAAAGGUUCUGUUUUGUAC